AUGGACCCGUUGAAAUAUUUGUUCAAGAAACCGGCACUAACAGGCAGGAUCGCAAAAUGGCAGCUACUGCUUUCCGAGUUCGACAUCACCUAUGUCACUCUGAAAGCGAUCAAGGGGCAAGCACUGGCUGACCACCUAGCAACAUACUCUCUGCCUAAUUACCAACCACUGAAGACAUUCUUCCCCGAUGAGGAUAUUCUCCUGAUUGAGGAAGAAGAAAAAAGAAAGGUAGGAGAGUGGACGCUCUUCUUCGACGGAGCCGCAAACUCAAAAGGGAGUGAAGUAGGCGCCAUUCUCUACUCUCCCUAUCACGUUCCAAUUCCUAUAUCCAACGUGAAGAAGUUGCGAGUCUUCGGAGAUUCACAGCUCAUCAUCAAUCAAACAAAUGGCGACUGGAGGACCAAGGAUGAAAAGUUAAUCCCUUAUCACAUCUGUCUGGAGAAUCUAACUGAAGAAUUUGAAGAAAUCACAUUUUCUUACAUGCCCCGAGCCAAAAACCAAUUUGCGGACGCCCUGACAACUCUCGCCUUGAUGGUGGAAAUCCCAAAAAGAGCCUCUGAAUGGGAGCUUACUGUUGAACUUCAGGAAGAACCCGCAUUUUGCCUAAAGAUAGACGAAUCUGAGACCUCUCUGAACGACCAACCAUGGUACACAGACAUCAAAGAAUAUCUCGAGCAUCAAAAGUUCCUAGAAAGAGCAUCAUCAACUGAUCGUCGCACUAUCCAGCAGCUAGCGGCCCAGUUCACGAUCACCAAGGAUAUCCUUUACAAGCGAUCCUUCAAUCAAGUCCUUCUCCGCUGUGUGGACGAAAUAGAAGUAGCACAAAUCAUGUCACAAGUCCACGAAGGACUAUGCGGCCCACAUAUAAAUGGACACAUGAUGACAUCCUAUGACUCGGUUACUAUUGCCUGA